UCCCCCUUCUACCACUCAGUCUCUCUCUCUCUCUCUCUCUCUCUCUCUCUCUCUCUAUGGAGAGCUUUUCACCGUAGUUUAACGCAUUCUCCAUUACUGUGUGGUACUGUUCCCUCGUGGUCCGUUCUGCCAAGAGACAUCGACCUGCGCUUUUGCCGGCUCACAUCUCUCUCUUUCUCUCUCUAAACCCAAGCUCAAACCCCACCUUCCCCACAUCAAGAUUUAGAGAGAGAGAAAGCGAAAGAAACAAAGAAAAAAAGAGGGAGAAAAGGGUAAAAUCCCCACCUCCCCUUUUCAAACUCCCUUGUUUUUCUCGUUCUGCAACUUCAAGAGAACCCAAACGAAAAAAAGAAAAUAAAACAAGAGAGAGGGGGAGAAAAGCCCCUUCAAACCCCCGGUCACAUCACCCCUUUCUUGACGUGACCGUGGGGUUUUUUCUCUCUAAAACUCAUCUCUCUCUAAAAGCUUCCUCUCUCUAAAAAAUACAGAGAAAUCCACCUCCCCACUUCAUUAUCCAGAUCCCCAUAUUUCCCCUUUACCCACAUUUUCCAAAAUCUUGACCCCCCAUUUCCACAUUUCUCAAAAAAAAAAAAAAAAAAACCAUUUCUCCAAUUCUCUCUCUCUAAGAAUUCAUAUUACUUCAAUCUUUUUCUCUCUAAAGAGCCACACUCUUUCUCUCUCUAGAACAGCAGUAACAGAAUAUUAUAGUUGGUAAGUGGUGAUGGAAGAAGAGGGUCGUCGCCUUAGACAAAGAGAAAAGAGUUUGAAUUAUUUUGUGGGGUCCCCCCGGGCAGCUACGGGCAGGGGCAGAGGCAGGCCCAAAGGUGGCGGCAACCAGCUCCCGGGCAGCUCGGGCAGGCCUUCGGGCAGCAGGGGUAGGGGCAGGAAGAGGAGGUCGUUAAAAUCAGUUGUUGAUGAAGGGGCAGUUAUUUCAGUUAACAAUACUCUCUCUCAUCCCGAGGAAGAUUAUGACAGUGGCAAGAUUGAGGAGCAUGACAUUGACCAGGAUUUUCAUUCUUAUGAGAUGGGCAACCAAGCAUCACCAGAAGAUGCAACUCCAUUGCCAGAAAAACGGGUUCUCGAGCUUAUCCUUGAUAUUCUGCAGAAGAAAGAUACCCACGACAUAUUUGCUAUGCCUGUCAAUGGUGAAGAGGUUGAGGGGUACUACGAUAUCAUCGAAAACCCCAUGGAUUUUGGCACUAUGAGGGCAAAGCUCCAAGAGGGAAUGUAUGAGACCUUGGAGCAAUUUGAGAAAGAUGUGUUUUUGAUAUUCGACAACGCCAUGCAUUUCAACGGGUCAAGUACUGUCUACUACCGGCAGGCGAGGGCCAUCCAAGAGUUAGCAAAGAAGACCUUCCAUCUUCUCAGGACAGAUCCUCAAGAACUUGAAAUGGGAAAUCCAUUUAAGAGGGGAAAACCCGCUGCUUCUACAAAGGGAUCCAGAAAACAGAGGGCCGAAAGCAGCGGGUAUGAAGCUGGAGGUCCAGAUGAUUUUAAUCCUACACCAAGUGCUGGCUUAAGAAUGGGUGGUGUCGGAGAGCUUGCUGGAUCAAGAGAUGGAAAGAGGGCAAGCUUUCCGGAGGAGCAUCGAUCAACUUACAGGCCUGAGCUCCUUCAGAAUGAUUCCCUCUUAUCUACCAUAAGUGGGAAUCCUCCACAGAUCAUCCCCAGUGCUCCUCCGCAGGCCAGCUACAUAGAGAGCCUGACCCGCUUCACUGCAGACCUGGGGCCAACUGCCAAAAGGGUGGCCCAAAGAAAGAUCAAAGAAUACCUAGACCGAGCCGCUGCUCUAGGACAAAAUGCAGCAGGCCUCGGAGGUAUUCCGGCAACUGUACCCGUUCCCAGUCAAAUUUCUCGCCAGUUUCCAGCCACUGAGCCCCUCAACGAUCAAGUCUAUGGCUACUUUCCGGCUAUGCAACCCCUCUUCAAUCAACUUUCUGAGCGUUUGCCAGCCACACAACCCCUCAAUGACCAAUUUGCUGGCCAUUUGGAUGCCAACCAGCCCCUCUCCAAUCAAUUUUUUGCCCAUUUUCCGGCCAAUGAACCCCCUCAGCCCCAUCCCAACCAACCCCUUACUGGUAAAAUUUCUGGCCUUUCCCUAGAUACCCAAGCCCUUCGCGUUCAAUUUCCCAGCCAUUUCGCACCCCCUCAACCCUUUCAUAAUGAACUUCCCGGCCAUUUUCUACCCACGCAAGCCCUUUCAGAUCAACGUUCCGACCAUUGCUCGGCCACGCAACCCCUCUCUGACCAACUUUCCAGCCUUUCUCUGGUCCCUCAGUCCUUGACUGAAAAACCUUCCAGUCAUUUCCCAGCUACCCAACCCCUCUCCAAUCAACUUCCCUGCCAAUUUCCGUCCACCCAGGCCCUCUCAAACCAACUCUCUCUCCAACGUGACCAUCCUCCAUUUCGGGAGCUCAGCAUUCCCUAUCUCGACGCAUCCAGAGAAACGUUGAGCUCCUUAACCUCCGUAGUUUCUCAAUCUCAGCUUCUCGAGAUCAUGUCUCGAACCAACACCUCUGAGACGUUGAACGCACCCCAAAAUCCCAGAGGCCAAGCAUACUCCACAGGCCUGCCUUACACCGAUCUGUGCAUGGUCGGAGAAGGGGGAGCUGAUCGGGCCAUUGGUGGGGCAAGCUCGAGCUGGGGGUCUAUGAUGGGCUCUAGCCGGGGGUUCGGGUUGACUGAUGUGGGGCCAUGCGCGAGCCAACCAACAGAGAACGAGGGGUUGAGACGUGGGCAGAAGAGGGGUAGAGAGUGGGGGUUGUCAUCAAUGCAAAUUGAUGGUUUUGGGAGGGUGGGGGGCUCUGGCUUUCAUGUUUCAUCCUCAUCAACGACGCAAAGGCCUCCUUCGUCGCCUGAUGACCAGCAGCCGGAUUUGGAUUUGCAGCUGUGAGUGGAUUGGCGCCCGUGACUUGGAUGGACUCGCUAUCUCUGCAUUGUACUCUAUUUCUCUCUCUCUGGUUUUCUUCUCCAUUUUUGGUCAUGUAUAUAAUAUAUCUUUGUCCAUUCUUGAGGCCUCUUGUAACGAGCCUUCAUUCUUAAAAUUCAAUACAAACCACGUUGUCUGAAAUGUAAGAAAAGAGAAGUUGCCAUUUUUGAAAAGAUAUCCUCACUGAGCCUUACUCUUGUCUUGGGCAUUUGGAUUUCCAUUAUGUGCAAGGACACAAAAACCCAUGCUGAACACAUGGGGCAAGAGAGAGACAGCUGAAUAUAUGGAAGAAAGGGAGAGAAGUGAACAUAAGGGGAGAGCGAGAGAUGAACGUAUGGGGGGGGGGGGCGGCUCGACAGAGAGGGAUGAACAUAUGGGAGGAAGAGAGGAAGAGCUGAACACAUGGAAAUAGAGACAGAGAGCUGAACA